AAAAUUAAAAAUUAGGACCUUGGACAAUAAAAUCCGACUCUUUCCUCUCAAGUCUCACAUCUAAAAUUAGGAUUUAGGGCACAAUCCUCUUACUCUCAUUGUCUACAAUUUCAAAGACAGAAUUCUAUUCAAAGGGGUCAAUGGUGAUUUAUUCUUCUUUUCUUUCGAGAAUAGAGACAGUAUAGAUGCAGGGCAAUUGAUGGCACUAAUGUAAAUAGCUAAGACCGUGAUAGUUAAUUAGUUAGAGUAUGUGAUAUGGCAGCCAGCUGGACAAUUUAGUUAGUGUGCUGUAUAAGUAGUGAUAUGUUAGUUACAGAUUAAAAAACUCAUCGUACAUAUUUUCCUCUCUUAAUAUAUUGAAAAUCUUCUCUCUAGAAGCUUCGAUGUGUUCUUCAAAGGAGUCUCAUAAUUGAUUGAGAUGGUAAUCACUUUGUGAUCAGUUUACAGUGAUAAAUUCUAUAUGGUAUCAAAGCUACGACCACUAUUGUGAGUUGUGCGAUCGCUCAUUACUACAAAUACAGUUUUUUGUUCAGAGAAUUUGAAGAAAACUCAAAGCUCAACAAUGGCGGGAGUGAAAUUUGAUCACAAUCAUGCAUUAUUUCUUCAUCCUUCAUAUACUACCGGAGCUUCUAUCAUUCCUAUGCAGUUAACUGGGUCCGAAAAUUAUUCGAUUUGGAGUAGAGCCAUGCGAAUUCAACUCCUACGUAAAAACAAAUUAGGGCUAGUUGAUGGUACAUGGAAGAAAGAGGAUUUUGCAACUGAAUUAGCCCAUCAAUGGGAUAAAUGCAAUGCAAUAGUCCAAGGUUGGAUUAUGAGUUCAGUUACGAAGGAACUUCACACUGAGAUAGUGUAUGCAGUGGAUGCAAAAUUCAGUUUGGGACGAUUUGAAGGAACCUUUUGAUAAGGUCAAUGCGUCAAGGAUCUAUCAGUUACACAAGUCAAUUGCAACACUAGUGCAAGGUACUGACAGUAUAGCUGUUUAUUUUUCGAAACUUCGAAAUCUUUGGGUAGAAUAUGAAUCAAUGGUGCCGCCUCCAUGUGAUUGUGCAAAGGCUAAGGAAUUCUGUGCGCAUAUUCAAAACCAGCAAUUGAUGCAAUUUUUGAUGGGAUUAAAUGAGAAUUAUGACUAUCCUCGAAGUCAAAUUCUGAUGACAACUCCAACUCCCAUUCUCAAUAGAGCUUAUGCUAUGCUUGUUGAACGAGACCAAAAAGCUAUGGGGAGUUUGUCCAUAACAGGAGAAGGCGCUGAAGUUGCAGCCUUAUUAGCUAAGCGUGGACCUGCCUACUUCAAACCAAAGAAGAAUGGGAAUCCUAACUGGAAUGCAAUAUGUGACUUUUGCAAAAUGAAAAGUCAUGUUGAGGAUGACUGCUACAAGCUACAUGGUUAUCCUGAAGAUUAUGUCCACAAGAAGAAAGGUCACUUUUAUUCUCAAGGGAGAAUGCUCAUUCACGCAAACCAACCUUCAAACCAAAUGCAAACAGAAAUGAAGCAUACAAUUUUCAUUCUGAUACUUCCACUACUCACCAGAACAAAUACAACAGAGUUGGAGGUAAGACUGAAUCAAAUGAUGCAGGUCCAAGUAGCUCAAGAAGUUACAUGCCCAGGGCUCCACAACUGACUCAGGAUCAACAUGACAAAAUCAUGAUGCUGCUUGAUAAACAGAUGCCACAGCUGGAUAUGGUUAACAUGGCAGGACCUCUUCAGUGGGAGGCUGAAGGGGAUUGGUAGGGAACAAGAUGGCCUGUAUCUACUGAGUCCUUACACACCUGCUACAUCCAGUUUUAUCACUAAUAAAGUAGAGAAGAUGGCGAGCGAAUCCGACAAGGUAUUGACUGCUAAGGAAGACAAGAUGAAUGAAGACAUCAUGCUUUGGCACAGAAGGCUAGCUCAUGCUUCUGGUGCAUCAUUGCAGGGAAUGCUUGGUUAUAGUCUAGAUGAAUGUAAAUCUAUUCUAGUUGGUUGUGACAUUUGCCCUUUAGCUAAACACACCAGACAUCCUUUUCCUUGUAGCACUAGUAAAUCCAGUUCUCCUUUUCAGCUUCUACAUUUGGAUGUAUGGGGGUCAUAUUAUAUAGAAACAUUUGAUGGUAACAAAUUUUUUUUGACUAUUAUUGAUGAUUUCUCUAGAAUCACUUGGGUUUUCUUGCUUAAAUUCAAGUCUGAUGUGUUAAUCAUGCUGAGACAAUUUUUUAAAAUGGUUCACACUCAGUUCAAGGCUGUUGUGCAAGUAGUCAGGACUUAUAAUGGAGGUGAAUUUGUUGGUUCACACCUUCAAACUUUCUUCAAAGAUUUAGGCAUUAUACAUCAUAGAACAUGUGUUUAUACUCCCCAGCAAAAUGGUGUAGCUGAGAGGAAACACAGACAUCUACUUGAAGUAGCCAGAGCCCUCAGGUUUCAAGCGCAUAUUCUACUUUCUUUUUGGGGUCAUUGCAUUUUAGCAGCCUCCUAUAUCAUCAACAGGUUGCCAACUACUAUUUUAGGAGGAAAAUCCCCUUAUGAAGUAUUUUUGGGCAAGAAACCACAUCUUACUCAUUUGAGAACUCUUGGUUGUUUGUGUUAUGGGAGUGUCUUGCCUAGGGUUGAUAAAUUUGCUCCAAGAACUGUCAAGGCUGUGUUUAUGGGGUAUUCUGCUAUAACCAAGGGUUACAUCUUAUUUGAUCUUUUGAAUCAGAAGUUUUUUGUCAACAGAGAUGUCCAUUUUGUAGAACAUGUGUUUCCCUUUAAGGCUGAUCUUUCUACUCCAGUGGCUUCCAUUUUUUCUCCACCAGCUAUUCAUGAUUUGAUACUAGAUGAUCAAUCCACUGAUAGUGCUGCUACUUCUCUAAUUUCCUCACAUGUUGACAAUGCUGAUACUUAGUUUCCAUUGCCUUCUUCUGACGUUAGUCAUACAACACCUUUGCCUCCUAUAAGGUCUCAAAGGCAUACUAAGGUUCCUUUAUGGUUAACGGACUUUGUUACUAAAGGAUCAGCUAAUGCAGUGACUUAUCCUCUUGCUGAUUCUAUCUUCUAUGGUAAUCUCUCUGCAUCUUAUCAAGCUUAUUUGAGCUCUUUAUCAUCUGUUCAGAAGCCACAAUCUUAUCAGGAAGCUGUCUCUGAUAGUAGAUGGCUUGAGGCUAUGCAAGCUGAAAUUAAGGCUCUCCAAGACAAUGGUACUUGGAGAUUAGUUCCCUUACCAAAGGGUAAGUCACCUAUUGGAUGCAAAUGGGUGUACAAAGUCAAGCUUAAGGCAAAUGGUGAUGUUGAAAGGUAUAAGGCUAGGUUAGUUGCUAAAGGCUAUAGCCAACAAGAGGGUCUUGAUUAUCAUGAAACAUUUUCUCCCGUGGUUAAGAUUGUCACAGUGAGGACUGUGUUAUAUUUAGCUACCUAAUAUGCUUGGCAUAUUCACCAACUUGAUGUCCAUAAUGUUUUUCUUCGGGGUGACCUUUAUGAUGAAGUUUAUAUGGAGUUGCCUCAGGGUUUUUCUAGCCAAGGGGAGUCUGAUCUUGU